AUGACCACCCAAAAGGACCGUGCUAACGGUACCAGUUCUCAUUCUUCCAACGCCCGUCCUGGAAGUCCCAUGCGGGACGAGUAUCGGUCGAGCGAUGGGCAGUUCUAUACACAGCCUGCCUCAUCUAUACGUUCACGCAGCACAGCCCGCUCAUAUGCCGACCAGUCAGGCAGCGACAGCUAUGGUCGCAGUAGCAGGGACCGCAGCAACAGUUUAGUACGCGACGAUCCGUACCGCAACAGCCGUCACUCUGGUGUCUACCAGAGCAACCCACGCCAAAGCUCCAGCAACGUCGAUUAUGGAGACGAUGGAUACCAGUAUACCAAUGCUGGUGAACUGGUUCGCUAUGAUCUUGAUCAAUCAGCUCCAACAAGAACUCGAAGACGUGAAAGUCUCGACCGCGGAUACUACCGUCCCAAUAUCAAUUACAACGCGGACCAGCGAACGUUCAACGUCGAUACAAGUCCCGACUUGAGUCGUAACUACAUAACUACAAGCACAAGCAGCCCCUCGAAUAGCCGUCAAUACGAUAACCGAGGAGGCCCUCCACCCAGCACUCGAGGCUUUGAUAAGAUUCGAGGGUAUGACAGCCCACGAGAUUUUGCACCGAUGCCUUCCAAGACACCGGAGCCCGUAUCGACAAAACAGGAUAUCCCUCUUGUUGCCACUACCGAGACGACGAGGCGACCUCGGCCGGUGUCUUUGUAUCAGGAAGGGCCGCCCCGUUCUUCGCACCAUGAUGACUACUACCGCAGCCGAGACGACGAAAGGAAAAUGCGAGAGUUUCGUGAACAGCCUGAGCUCGAGCGUUCCUAUGAACCCGAGCGUGCAUACGAGACUCCGUAUUUUCAUGAUGACCGGGUUACUUCUCGUGGGUUUGGCAUUCGAACUGAUCUGGUUGAUGAUGAUGAACGCCGUGAACGCCGCCAAGAGCCCAAGAAACGCUCUGAUGAAGAUUUGCCGCGUGAAACUGAGUAUGAGCGCGAUGAUCGUCGCCGAAGUUGGAUUGACUCGAAAGAGCCCCGUCGUGACAGACGUGAGAGUAAGAAGGGUAGCGACGAUGAUGAAAAGGAGCGCACUCGAUUCCGCGAUAAGGUGGCUACUGGCCUGGGUAUCGCUGCGACUGCUGUAGGUCUUGUCCCUGCUAUCAAAGACGACGAUAAGCGUGAAAAGGAGGUCAGCAGACGCAAGGGAUCUGACGACGAACGUGAGCGUGAACGAGAUCGUGACAGGCGGCGAGAAUCCAUGAAGGGCGAACGGCCGCGCAACCUAGAACGCGAUCGAUCGCGACAGCGAGAUCAAUCACGACAACGAGACCAGGAACGUGGCUCCAGGGACACAAGCCGCCGACCUGGAGACUCUCGCAAGAGUGGAGAGGCAGUGGUUUCGUCUUCUGACUCGGAUGAAGGCAAGAAAUCGACUCGAAGACGUCGCGAUUCAAAUGCUUUCAACCCUAACGACACUUCUGAUCUAAGACAACUCAAGGAUCAACUUGCGGCCUUGAACACUACCGACAAGGAGAAAGAAAAGGAAACGUCCAUCAUCGCUGAGACCACCUCACGCUCCUCAUCACCCUCAAAAGACUCUAAAACUGUGGUCGAGUCUCGGCCAUCCAGAGAACACCGUUCCUCGCCCGACUCAAAACCCUCCAGUCCCCCUGGAGAGGAAGUUCGUGGUCGUGAACUGCAACAGACGUCUUUGGACGAUAAACAAGUCCGCGUAGUAUCACCUCCUCGUGACAAGAAAGACGAGAAGCCUCUCAAGGGUAUCUUGAAACAGCCCAAGGUCAGCUUCCCCGAGGAGCCAAACCCUGUCCGUGAGGGCGUUGCACCUCACAAAGAAGAUAAGAAGGCCAGAGAAGCACCUGCAGGUGCGAAAUGGACUAAGAUCAGCCGCAAGGUUGUUAAUCCCGAGGCCUUGACUAUUGGCAAGGAGAGGUUUGAGGUCAGAGACGAUUUCGUUAUUGUGCUACGAGUUCUUAGCAAAGAGGAAAUCCAGGCGUAUGCCUCAGCGACACAGGUUUUACGGGAGAGACGACGCCGCGAUGAAGAUGGUGGUGACACGGAUCGUGACCGUGAUAGAGACGACGACGAGAGAAAAAGGCAUCAUCGCCAUCGCCGUCAUCGCGAAGAUGACUCGUCAGACUACGAAGACAAGGACCGUGAUCGUGAAAGGCGCAGGCGUCACCGAGACGAGGAAGAGUAUGACACCAAGUCAAGAGACUCUGACCAUCACCAUCACCACCGCAGCCACCGGGACCGCGAGCCUGCUCUUGAAGCUUAAUUCAACAAGCAAGCACACAAAGAUCUGUACCACCACCAAUGACUGGUUUCUUAAAAUUCUGGAGCGUUACAUCGAAUGCUUUCAAUGGAAGGACUUCACUGUCGGAUUUAUAUCAAAUGUUAACAUAUAUCAUAAGCAUGAACUGAGCGGUUUAGCGAGACAUUCAGG